AGUUCCUUGAAUGUAGUCGAGAGGGCUGGUCGUCACGUAACGUCAACAUUCGCGGUACGCAUGAUAGUGAAACUUCGUAGAAUUAUUUUUAUCUGUGAACGAGUUUCAGUGCUUUUGCCAAUUUUCAUUAAUUAUUUAUUUAAAACAAUGGUAGCGUUCACGUGUUCAAAAUCCAUGACGCCGAAUGAAAAUUCUGGAAUUAAAUAAGGGAUCUGCAGCAAACUAUAUGAAAAGAGUCUUAACAAGAGAAAAUGAACUCAGAAACAAUAAACGACACCGCAAAUGCUUCGAGACCUGUAGACUCUACUCGUGUUUUUGGCCCUCAAAGAGAUACACUGUAUAUAGUACUGCCUAUUACAAUUAUCUAUACAUUUAUAUUUGUAUCAGGGUUAUUGGGUAACAUAUUCACGUGUAUCGUAAUUGUACGCAAUAAAAAUUUGCAUACUGCCACCAAUUAUUACUUGUUCAGUUUGGCGAUUUCGGAUCUCUUAUUAUUAGUGAGUGGAAUGCCACAAGAAAUGUAUUCUAUAUGGUCCAAGUGGCCAUAUGUCUUUGGGCACACAUUCUGCGUCAUCAGAGGCCUGGCUGCUGAAACUUCGACUAACGCUAGCGUCUUAACGAUAACAUUAUUCACGAUCGAGAGAUACCUAGCUAUAUGCCAUCCAUUUGUUUCACAUAAGAUGUCAAAACUUUCCCGGGCAGUGAAACAUGUAGUUUUAUUGUGGGUCGCAGCCCUUGCGCUAGCAUUACCGCAGGCUCUUCAAUUUGGAAUACGCCAAUACCAAGGUGUGAUCAUGUGUCUACAAACCCGUGUUAUAAUUGAACACUCUUUCGAAAUCUCGACAUUUCUCUUUUUCUUAGCGCCAAUGGUUUUAAUCACGGUGCUUUAUUCAUUUAUUGGACUAAAACUCAGAGAAAAAAGUAAUGUGAAAGAACAAAAUCAGAAUGAUUUUGAAUCAAGUAUUAGGUAUAGUCACAAGAUGUGUCGGAAGCCAAGUCAAUCAACGCGGAGAGUCAUCAAAAUGUUGGUGGCAGUGGUCGUCGCUUUUUUCAUCUGUUGGGCUCCUUUCCACGCGCAACGUCUUGUCGCUAUCUACGGCACCAACGAAAAUCACCUCGCAAAAUCCCCGAUCCUGUUCUCAGUAUACUUGUUCUUGACUUACAUCUCCGGAAUCUUCUACUACAUGUCGACGUGCAUCAAUCCUAUCUUGUACCACAUCAUGUCGAACAAAUUCAGAGAUGCUUUCAAGAUGACCCUGUGCUGCUGCGGGACGCGCAAUGAUACCGCCGUCAAGCGCUCUUCGUACACGGCCAUGGCAUUCGUGCGGCAUCCGACGUCCAGCGGCACUUCCAAUUCAGGCAACUCGAUCAGAAACGAGACUAACCUUCAAUCCAAGACAAGAAGAACCAACAGUAGAGAUAAAAUCCUCAAUGGCGCUCACGUGUGCGGUAAUGGAACCCUGUCAAGCACGACCGUCGCCAAACCAGACAGCCGAACCAACGGAGAUCGCCUCUUAGAUAGAAACCUCAUCAAUGAAACAUACUUCAACACGAACUGUUAACCGACAUCAGAAAUUUUUUUCACGAAAGCUACUCAGAGGGCAAUCAAUUUUAAUAAUAACCACAAAUAGCAAACAGAAUAUCCUUUAAUGAGUAUGUUUUACGUAUUUUACAAUUAGUUAGUAUGAUAAAUUCAAAUACAUUCCGUUUUAGUAAGUAAUUAAAUAAGUGUACGAUAAAUAAAUUGAACUUAUUGAUUUUUGAAUGAAUAAAAACGAUUAGUGGAGGAAAAGUGGAUCGUCCUAGCUUUGACAUAAGAACCUCUUUGUGGCGUAAGUACUAUAGUGUAUGUGUAAGUACUAUAUGUAGGCUUGCUAUUAGUACAUUGGGUUACUGUAUUUGAACCAAACAUCGAUUUUAUAUUACAGGGUAUAACAAAAAAUGUCCGAUUCGUAUGACUAUUACGUUAGACAGGUAUUGUGAGACAAAUAUGGUUCAAUUUUAAUUCAUUGAAGAAGUGAUUGUGGUAAUAGAUUGCAUAGGCGCUACCUUCAACGAUUUAAUAAAAUUGUAUGUAUCAUCAUCCAUUUUUAUCUUAUUGUUUUUGUAUAUCAUGAGAUAAUUACUAAAAUGUGCAGACUAACUUUCAAUUUAAAAAUGAAUUUAUGUUAAUUUACAAUUGUGGCGUAGAAAAAUGAUUAACUCAUUGUUUGUUCUGAAUUAAAUAAUGUCAAUUGUAUGUAUGUAUGUGUUGUGUGUAUUGUAAAGUAUAUAUUACAGUAAAAAACUAUUUGUAACUUGAGUUUCCUCGCAUUUUUUGUGUUUAAAUUGAAGCUUUGUUCAGGGUAUGUUAAAACUUCAAGGAAGGUCAUAUUACGAUUUUUGACGCGCAAGUCAACAAAUAUAUAAUAUAUAUUUUAGAUAGUCACAAGUAAAGCGUUAGGUACCAAAAAAUUUAGAAAAAAUUAAGUCUCAUUAUAAUUUUUAAACAGUAAUGUAAUAAUAUCCAAUAAACAAAUGUCGGUUGCAAAGUUUCCAACCAUUCAAUUUAAGCAUAUAUGCUUAAAUUAAUUUUAAAUUAAUGUAAUUUUAAAUUUAUAUUUACGCCAAUACAAAUAUUGUCCUGAAACAUCCCAUUUAUUUAUAUAAAGUACAAAUUUUUGUUCAAUGCGAAUAGAAAAUUAAAUUGAGAA